AUGGCGCGACUUACUUCACCAGUUCGGUCUAUCUUAGCAUUUUCCUACGUGCUCACCCUCGUUUUCGCAGCAAGCAUUCCUCCUGGUGCUUGGAUCAAACGUCACAUUUCACAGCUAUCAUCCCGUUAUGACUACAUCAUAGCAGGAGGCGGUACAUCUGGUUUAACUGUUGCAGACCGUCUCACUGCCGCAUUUCCACAACGAUCUGUUCUUGUCGUGGAAUAUGGCGACCUUGAAAACAGCACCGCAAUCUUACAGCCAGCCGUCACCGUCCCCGACCCUAGAUAUGCGUUUAACAUCCUUUCCGACCCCGAACCCGGUCUAGGGAAUCGCAGUUUCACUGUCACGGUGGGCAAGGUUGUUGGUGGAUGCUCCGCCAUCAAUGCACAGAUGUUUGACCGUGGAAGUAAAGCUGAUUACGAUGCAUGGGGAUAUGUAGCGGGGCCAGAGUAUCAGGCAGCAGGGUGGAAUUGGGCCGGUUUGUUACCAUACUUUCGCAAGAGUACAACUUUUACACCGCCUUCGGCUAACGAUGUCAAAAAUUACGAAUAUACAUAUGACGUUGAUGAGGCUUAUGGCGGGAAUGGACCGAUUCAAGCAUGCUACCCUCCUUUUCAGUGGCCGAGCGAAAAAAUCAUGCGAAAAGCAUGGAAAGAGCUAGGUAUUCCAUCCCCGAAGGAAGCAGCAGGUGGCCAGGCAUAUGGCGUCUUUUGGCUACCAAGCUCUCAAGACCCAAAGACGCAAACUCGUUCGUAUGCGAGAACAGGACAUUAUGACCCAGCCGCAAAUAGGACCAAUUAUCAUCUCCUUGUUGGCUACAAAGUCACCGAUGUAAUUAUAGGACAUGCAGGAGUGGUCAACAAGGGGUUCCAGGCGCAAGGAGUCAAAAUCCAGGCUGUGGCUGGCAAUUCAUCUGCAGUCGAAAUUCACAGCGACCAGGAAAUUAUUCUUGCUGCCGGUGCGAUCCAUACCCCGGGGAUCUUGCAACGUAGUGGUGUCGGCCCGAGCGAUAUACUGAAAGCAGCAAAUAUCAGUGUAAAGAUUGAGCUGCCUGGUGUUGGUCAAAAUUUCCAAGAUCAUCCCAUAACGAACUUGUUCUACAAUUUGACUACCGAACCAUCUCCAGCUGCGAUGGCGAUGUUGACGAACUCAACAUUGAUGGCACAGGCACAGAAAGAGUAUGCUCAGAAUCGCACAGGGCCUUUGACCCUUAGCGGCGGCAACAGCGGUGCCUUUCUUCCCCUCUCGGCGCUGACAAACGACACGGGGUCGAUCAUCAGUGCCCUAACAGCACAAUCUCCGGCAACCUACUUACCGAAUUCUACCCACCGUAGUAUACUCGAAGGUUACGCCUCACAGCUCGCUGCUCUUAAAGACCUCUUCUCCUCAAAAGAAGCUGCCGUCUUCGAGUAUCCAAUUUCUACCUUCGGUGCCCCUCAAGCAUUCCUCAAACCCCUCUCCCGCGGCACCGUCAAUAUCAACCCAACCGACCCUCUAGCCGAACCAUUAGUCUCCUACCGCACAUUUACAAACCCAGUCGAUCUCACAAUGGCCGUCCAUGGCGUUAAAAUGAUUCGCAGAAUGUUCGCCACGCCUAGCGGAAAGUCCCUCGGCCCGGUGGAGCUCACCCCAGGAGACGCCGUCAAAACCGACGAAGAUUGGCGGACGUGGUUACAGACAAGCGUCAGACCGAGCUUUUAUCACCCGGUAGGGACCGCAGCAUUGAUGCCAAAGAGUCUUGGGGGUGUAGUAGAUCCAAGUUUGAGGGUUCAUGGGGUGCAGAGUUUGAGGAUAGUAGAUGCUAGUGUUAUGCCGUUGAUUCCAGGGACACAUACGAGUUCAACAGUUUAUGCAGUGGCGGAGAAGGCGGCGGAUUUAAUUAUUGGGGAUGCGAGAGACUGA